AUGGAACCGCAAGAUCCACAAAUAAGAGAGGACAUUAAAACUACUGCAACAUACAUUAAACAGCACGGGGCUAGUUUCGAAAGCAAAUUAUUAGAGGAUGAGAGAUUUUCAUUUAUCAAGAAAGACGACCCACUCCAUGAAUACUAUAUCAAAGUUUUGAACGAGCCAGCAACGAAUUCAGGAAAUGAGGAAGAUAUAGGAAGGAGGGAGCACGAGAUAGCUAAACCACAAAACUUUUUAUUUUCCCAGUAUGAUACAGGGAUCUCACGGAGAGACAUGGAAAUAAUCAAACUCACGGCACGCUACUGUGCGCUGGAUGAAAGUAACCUUGGAUGCAUAGCCUCGAAACAUGGCGAGGGCUCUUUACAGUUUUUAAACAGUUCACAUCCGUUACACAACACGUUUACCGAUUUUGUCACUCAGUAUAAACGCAUAAUCUCUUCCGAGGAUCAACAAAUAAAGAAAACCAAGAGUGAAAUCAUCGACGAGUGUUUUGGCAGAGCACAAUAUUGGGAAUUCGCUAAAGAUCAAGACCAAGAGCACAAUAAACUUGUAGAGUUGUGUAAAAUACAAUUUGCGGCGAUCCCGUGGGAUGAAUUCACUCAGGUGGCGAAAUUCUUUAUUCCUGACCACACAGAUACAUUGGUAGAUGCUCUCGAUUUAUCCCAGAUGAGGCUGCGAAGAGUACAACCCAAUAUGAAGAUAUUUGACCGUGUCAGUCCAGUGAAUGAAGAACAAAAGGCGGCCCUGGACCAGGUGAAGUCUAAGGGAGGAGCCCCUGGAAGUAAGAAACGUAAAAUUAGAGCAGCAGGGGAGACAAGGCUAAAGAAGAACAAGAAAUAA